AUGCCUUCUCAGCGGGAGAUCAUUAAGUCUGGCCGGGGAAUGAAGAAAUGGAGUCGCGAAGAGCUGAAUGUGGUGCGUCUGAUGAACAAAGACACCGAGUUCCAGAUCGACGACCACAACGGCGACCAGUGCAAGAUCUUCUUCGAGAUUUUCCCGUACACGCGUGAGAAGAGGAACUACUCCGCCUCCCACCUUCGGGACCAAUGGAAGCAACGCCACCAUGCCGGACGCAACUUGGUAAGUGAACGAUUACCAUAAUCUAUUAUAAAUUUAUAACAGGGACGGCUGCUAACACGCGACCAGAUGUGGAUGGAUGUCGACCGACCGAGCCCCAAGAAUAAGGGAGCAUACACGGAUGAAGAGCGGGAACAGAUGGCGGUAUAUCGCGGAUGGAUAGUGAAGGCCGCGAAUGAUACUGGGAUCGCAUUGCGUGACACCUCCGCUAUGGCCAUUACACCGGCGGAUUCGCUCCCAUAUGAGGAGGACCAGGAAGAAGAUGAGGAAGAGGCAGAGUCUAGCAACGACGGACAAAGCUCGCCGACUAAGAGAUCGCGGCAAGCUGCCGACCUUGACUCUGUCUUCGACUUGACUGACGAGGAAGAAGGACCGGCCGCAAAGCGCCGCAGAGAGGAGCCCGAGAGACAUCCACUCAGCGGUGGAGCAAAUACCGUCGCGAUGAACAACGCCGAGAACACGCUUUCCACCAGGACACACCAGCCAAUCCAUCCUCCGAGCUCGGAGGCCAGCGAGAUGCCCACGCCUGCAGCUGGCGAGCCUCUCCCCAUGGUCCACUGGCGUUUUCUCCACUUCGAAGACGGUCAGAUCCGCUAUGAGCCCGUCCGGAGCAAUGGCUGGAGGCACAACAUCCUCAUAGCUGCUGAAGGUACAUUCGUCGACUCCACAGACAAAAUGUAUCGAUACGGAGGCCCGGUCGCGAGGUGCACCUACCAGCCACUUCCAUCCGAGGAACACCAGCAGCCGCAGACCUUCGAUACUAUGGUCUGCCUGCAGGGUUCAUGCAAACACUGUCGUCCAGACCAUCCAGUCGUCGUUGGAGAGGCUGACAUCAAGCGCAGCCAGUUCCAUGGUCUACCUGCCGUGCACCGCGACGAAUUGCGGAUGGACAACGAUAUCAUGCAGUUCAAACCUGUUGCGGGCUCAGCCAUGACGAAGCAAAUGGGCUGGCAGUUUUCCUCGAGAGAGAAAGUCACGGUUGAGGACCAGGUGGUUUUUGGCGACGGGAAGACUCGUCAAGUUGCGGUGUGCGCUGGCGAGGACUGCAGCCUCUGCUUUCAACGCACAACUGGCCCGGGACGUCCGGAUGAUGAGGCGCCUUUAGACGACUUCAUCGGCGACGCGUUGUACGGUAGUACUAUAUACCCGGACGAGUGA